AUGAAGUUCAGCAGCGCGCUCCUCGGCCUGGCUGCCGUCGCCGUUGCCACCGUCUCGGCCACCACCCCCGUCUCGGACGACGCCGCCCUGGCCGUCCGCGACACGCACGAGUCUGGACUCGUCAACCUCGGCCUGCGCGCCCACGAGCGCAAGGCACGCCACGUCCAGCAGCAGUCGUCGAGCGAGGACCUCGAGAAGCGCAACUUUGUCUCCAAGUGGGGCAAGCUCACCUACUACGCCGGCCACCAGCUCGACAACCCCGCCUGCGGCGGCCCCACCCCGACCGACAACGACAUGGUCGUCGCCGUCAAGGAGAAUGGCGGAUACGGCAAGUGCGGUGACACGGUCCACAUCCACUGGAAGGGCAAGAUGGUCUCGGCCACCAUCCGGGACUACUGCGAGGGCUGCGAGUGGGGCCACUACGACGCCACCAAGGGCCUCUUCCGCAAGCUCGACAGCCUCAGCAUGGGCGUCCUCGACGGCAUCCACUUCAAGCUCAUCGAGCACUAG